AGGAAACUGCUGCCCCCUCAGGGACUUGGCAUCAUAAUUAUAUAGGAAGCAGAGCAGUCUGUCGGUUGUUAGAGGUAAAGAAAGGCUGCAGGCUGGUCUCGUGCAUGGACACCAGUGUGCAGUGGACAAGUGGUCAUAACAUGGAUGUGGAGCUCUAUUUCUGACACUGUUAGGAAGAUUGAGAGGUGGAAGCAGGCAUGUCAGAGAAGAAGCCCCGGGGCUCAGACACUCGGCCCAAAAGUGGCUUCCGCAGCUGGAGCGCAGACAGUUACAUUUGGAAGGGGAAGAAACGCUCCCGGAGCUCUCGCAAUGGGUCGAGCCCUGGAGGCAUGCAGAUGGACGGGACGGAGGAGUUGGGUGUGGGGUCAUCAUCCUGUUCGAGGAGGCGCAGAGAGAGGAAAUGUAGCUGCAGCGCUCUAGGGGACACACUGACAUCUGGAGAUAUCGAUGUGAUGUGUCGGAAGGCCUUGUCACGGCGCUCUCUGCGGCAGAAGUUUCAGGAUGCUGUUGGCCAGUGCUUCCCUCUGCGCUCUCACCAUCACCACCACCAUCACCACCAUCAUUCAUCGGGCUCCUCGCGACCCUUUUCAGUGCUCUUCUGGUCCAAACGGAGGAUCCAUGUGUCAGAGCUCAUGCAGGAUAAGUGCCCAUUCUCACCCAAGUCUGAACUGGCUCGAUGUUGGCACCUUAUUAAAAAUCAUGCUACCCACCCAAGUGCCCUCAAGGACAUGGAGGCUCCCCUCAAACCUAGUGUCUCAUCCACUACCUCUCCACCACAAACCCCCAUCUCGUGGGAGGACAUAUGCUGCUCCCCUGGGCCUGGAUGCACCAGUCUGGAGGACUGGGACCCUUCUUGUGCUCAUGGGCAUGAAGAAGGUAGGUGUGGACACACGGACUACAUCCUGGUUCCAGAUCUCCUACAGAUCAACAACAACCCAUGCUACUGGGGCGUGCUGAAUCGCUUUGAGGCAGAGGAGCUGCUGGAGGGCCAGCCCGAGGGCACGUUUCUGCUCCGGGACUCUGCCCAGGACGAAUUUCUCUUCUCAGUGAGCUUUCGGCGCUACAGCCGUUCCCUACAUGCACGUAUUGAACAAAACGGCAAGCGUUUCAGCUUUGAUGUGCGUGACCCGUGUAUGUACCGUGAUCCAAGUGUGACGGGACUGCUCAGGCACUACAGCGACCCAGCCACCUGCCUCUUCUUUGAGCCACUCCUUUCCAGACCUCUGCCAAGGAACUUCCCUUUCUCCCUCCAGCACUUGUGCAGGGCAGUGAUCUGCAGCUGCACCACCUACCGAGGCAUAGACAGCCUGCCGCUGCCACCUCAGCUCAGGGACUAUCUCAGACAAUACCAUAUUAAGUGUGACGCGGCCUGUGCUGUGUGACUAACCAAAUCAGGCCUCAUACUAAGGACAAGCAAAAGAAGCUCACCUUGGCAAAAGUACUGCCAUUAAAUUCUAACAGUGUUUGCUGUUACAUGAGGUUUAAGGAUUCGAUCUUGAGCCAAGGAUUGUCAUUUGUACUGCAGUUCCAUUUGGUGUGAUAGCAAACAAUGGCAAUUGCUGUUUUUUUAGCCUUUCAAUAUUUAGGAGUGACAGCCUCACAGAACAAGAAAACAACUACUAAAGGGGACUGUGGCGAGACAGCCUGAGUGUUGACUUAAGCAAGCCAACACUCCAUUACAGAAGAUGUUAAGAUCAUAGAAAUGUUAUGGUCUUGAACCCUGAACACAGCUAGUGCAGUCAAAUGUUUGAGGUAAAGCAACUCUGGGGGUAUCUAGUAAUAUGCAAGCAUUAUGGAUUUUUCACUAACUGCAUAACCGAACAAAUUUCUACAUUUCAUGAUAUUUCAUCCCAGCCUUGCAAUAUAUCUACAUAAGUACUUAGUAUGCUUUUCUUAUUUUCUGUCAUGCACAUCUAUGCACUGUUACUCGUUAAACAUUCAUUCCGAAAGGUCAAAUAACGAGGUCAGCGUCAUUGAGAGCCAAAGGCUCAGGCUUCUGUCUGCUCUGAACACUCAGACCAUUCUUUGGAUCUUUAUGAUGUCACUGAAAGGGGAUAUCUUUAAUAUGUCCAUCUGAGGUAUGUAGCUCUGUAUGUGAGCAGCAAAGCUCCACCCAGCUGCUGUUCAAAACUUGUAUUUGCGAUGAACAAGCAGCAAGAACAAAUCUGACUAAACGAGAGGCCAAAAAUACGUAAAGCAACCCACGUCAGAGAGCGAAGAACUACAGGUCUGUACCCAAGCCCAGUAUGAAAUGAAUAAUGGAAAGCUACUAGCAGAGUCCAAGAGUAUAUAUAUAGAGUAUAUAAGGUCAUCUUUAAACAUUGAUGUAAUAUAACACAAAAUUCCAGCUGAAUCUCUUUGGAGAGAACUGCUUUGUGCCGGAUGGAUUACUCGAUCCUGCACAGGAAAACUGAAUCAGGCAAAUGGACCUGACAACAAGGAUGCUGUUUUUAAUUUGGCCUUUUAUCUGCUACACAAAAUGGGUUCAAACACCCUGCUGGCAAUCAAUACAUGUAAGCAAAUUAGAGAUGCAUUAUGACAGGAAAGGAGACUUAAUUAAAACCCUCCGAGGAGCACAAAUGUCGUUCCUUUUGCCUUUCAGCUCUCAGCUGCUGUGUUGAAAGGCAGCAAUAAAAUCUGCAGCUUUUCAUAAAAGAAACACGCAAAAUCACAGUUAUUUAUAUAUAAGCGGUUUAUAAAUUUCUGAUCAAAUGUAAUACGAUAAAACAGAAAACAAGCUUCAGAGAGGAGAUGCCCAAACAGGACCAAAAUAAAAGCUAUAUAAAGAAGGCUUGUAUUUAUUUUAAUUUUAAAUUUAAAAAAGAAAGCAAUAUUUGAAGACAGUCACUGAGGGUUGCUGACCUGACAUUAAAAAAAAGAUCCUCUUUAGUCCUCAUUCGGGGCUUAAGAACAACUAACCCCCACCCACCACCACCACCAAACUCAAACUAAUGGCAGCAGUGAAAGCAGCUUACAAUCAAACCUGAAACUAACUCGUGGCUGAUGAUGAAGGGCGGCUUAAACUGGACUGAUGUGCUCUUGUCUCUUUGAAUGCAAAUACAGGCCAGUGAAAUGUCAGCCUCUUGUCCAGCUUGUUCAUUUGGGUUGCAUUCUUCUCUCCAGCCACGAGGUGGCGACAGCACUACAUCGAUCUGCUCCGUUUGCCUGUCUUUGAAAGCGCCUCUGUAAAUGUGUCCUAACAUCAGCCGUGCCUCUAACCUGUACCUGUUGUGACUGAGAAACUGUUCAUAAGCAUAUAUUGUAUUCAUACACACACCAAUAAAUUUGAUUUACACGCCCUCUGUUGUGUGUCUGAGUUUAUUUAUUUAUUUG